CGUCUCUUCAUUGCAGCCACCGACCACCGAUUUGGACCACCACCUCGCGCGAGCUCCCCCUACCCGGCCAUGGAUUCAAUCAUCGAGGUUCAGCGACACACGCACGAGGAAGUUGAGCGGUUUGAGCGGGCCUUGUACACUAUCCUCUCCAAACCGCAGCCGACGCACGAGUCGCGGUUGCAAGUCGAGCAUAAGGCGUCCCAGCUGCUCGACCGACUAUCCUCCCGGCUGGUCACUCUGAAGGACCUGUACGAGGAUCAGGACACGAGGAAGGCAGAGAUCAACUCUCUUUCUGCGCCUCCGCAACAGCAAAGUGACUUAUCCGCGUUCUACGCACGGUUAGGCCGAAUACAAGAGCACCAUGCCAAGUAUCCCGACGCCAUCAUAGCUGGGUUUGACCCGGAGUUGACCGCAUUUCUUGAGGAAGAGCAGAGAGGAGAUGAUGAGGAGUACGAGGAAGACGAUCCUGUUGCCCUUCUGUUCUCGGGUGAAGAGGCUUACGGCAAAUACCUUGACCUGUAUGCUAAUCAUACCACUUAUAACAAUCUCAAGAACAUCGGCAAGCGUCUGGGCUACUUGCAGUACUUGGAUACCCUCCUUGCCGCUCAGUCUGAGCCUGUUCACUCUGAGCUACCGACAGAUUGUCGCUUGACUCGCGACUACGAACUUUAUAUCAAGGCGCUGCACACGUACCUUAUGUCCUUCACAAAACGCGCACAACCUCUGGUCGUCGUGGAGUCUCAACAGAAGGAGGCUGAGGCUCAAUUCACGUCGAAGUGGGAUGCUGGUGAGAUCUCUGGCUGGGAAGAGGAAAAGUCAAACAAGUCCGCAGCAAAUGGUACUGGCGAGGGCAUUUGGUGUGCAGCUUGUCAGAAGAUGUACUCAAAGCAGACUGUGUACGACGCUCACUUGACGUCAAAGAAGCAUAUCAAGGCAACACAAAAGCAAGCGAGUUCGUUAGAGCAGCCUCCCGCGAAUCCGAACGGCCCGACUCAGCCAGCUCAUGAGCAAACCGGACACGAGGCGUCUCAGGCCAAUGCGAAGUCUAAGCAUCGUAAUGCCGCAUUAAUCACCCAUCUCUGCACUCAGUUGCUGAGUUCGCUCGCAUCUGUGCUCAAUGACACGAAGUCCAACGUGGAGCGCCGGUUCUCUCUAACCGCGCGUGAACGAGAGCAGGAGCUUCUCGAACAGUCCAAGCCUCCGCCCCCUGCGGCUGCACCCGCGAAUGGUGAAGCCGGCGGAGAAGAGGAAGAAGAGGAAGAACGGAUCUACAACCCUCUCAAGCUCCCACUAGGGUGGGAUGGCAAACCGAUCCCGUAUUGGCUCUACAAGCUUCACGGGUUGGGGGUCGAGUAUCGAUGUGAGAUCUGCUCGGAUCACGUAUACAUGGGAAGAAAAAACUUCGAUCGUCACUUCCAAGAAUCACGACACGCUUUUGGCAUGCGUGCACUCGGUCUGCCCAAUACAAAGCACUUCCACGAGAUCACUCGGAUCGAAGACGCCCUCGCCCUUGCUGAGAAGUUGAAGCAGGAAGGCCGACAUGAGAUCUUCGAGCAGGAGACCAUGGAGGAGCUGGAAGACGAGGAGGGCAAUGUCUACAACCGCAAGACGUACGAGGAUUUGAAGAAGCAAGGAUUGAUUUAGCAACUGCUAUCAUACAUCCGCCACCGUCCUCUUCUACAGCCUGUAUUAUACAUAGCAUUCUUGUCAUGGCUUGCUUCGUAACGUCAU